AUGGGCAUCGCUAUCGACUUCACUACAACAACCGAAUCAACCACCCGUUCAACCUCGCUCCUGAUACCCGAACUAAUCUACGAGAUCGAACGUUAUCUCGAAAUCCAGGACCUCGCCGCCGCUGCCCUGGUCUGCAGAGCAUGGCAUGAAGCAUGGUCAUCCUCGCUCUACUCGACCGUCCGAUGCCAUAUCCGUCGGACCUCUGCUCCGCUAGGUGUUCAUUCCAGCUCACUCGAUCCCACCAGAAAGACGGCCUUUCAUAGCUUCGCUGCUGCCCCUCCCGCCCGCGACAAUUAUCAGGGAUACGUUCAGCACAGAUACUACUCUCUUCAGCAGCAACACCUGCAUUUGCAGCAUGGGCAGCAUCAGCAGUAUAUUCCGCCGUUUUUGAACUUUCAAAAGUAUGGACGUUGGAUCAGGAACUUGGAGGUCUCGAAUCUGUACUGCCUUCCGUCCGUCCCUCUUCUACGCUCGACGGGAGGAGCGGCAGUAUCGUCGCACACAUCUCCAUCCUCGUCCUCGUCCGCCUUCAGCCCUGCCUCCCUUUCUCUUCCUCCUCCCGUGCAGGACCAUCUCUCCCAGAUCCAAACCUGCUGGCAUUUGACCCAGCUCGACAUCUCGAGAACAGUGAUGAGUCUAGAGAGACUGGAUGAUCUCCUCAGCUCACUGCCUCGCCUCAAGGUCUUCAAGUUUGAGGUUGUCAACAAGACCGAGAUCGCUACUGCCAACGGACUCCACGGUGUUAGUGGUGGUAGUAAUGGAGGAGGUGGCGGUGGGUCACCAGGAUCAGGCUUCCGUCGAGGAUACAUGCAACAGCAACCGUCGAGUUUCUUGCUUAAGAAACCCAAGCAAGUCACCUUGGAAGGUCUAGAACCUGAGGUUAUCCGUGUCAUUGCUAGACGUCUGGGCGGCCAGCUUGAACGGUUGGACCUUGUCUUUACGGUGACGGGACGGAUUGGUCUUUCGACAUUCCUGGAGCUCUUGGGCAACUGCCGAACGACCCUCAAGUCUCUUGCCCUCACCAGGGCCGAAGUCUACCAGACCGACUACUCUCGCGAACGACAUGCUGCCAUUGAAAUCUCUGCCCUCCUUGCCAGUCUCCUUGGAACCACCUCUGCCACAACCACUUCCUCUUCCCCCUCAACCUCCUCAACCACCUCUUCUCCCUCGUCACCGUCUUCUUCAUCGUCAUCAUCGCCGUCCCUCCCUCCAACACUGGAGUACCUCUCCUUCAACUCUUGUGUGAUCCCAGAUCGCGAGUUCGAGUGGUUCCUCCGACAUGCCCCCCAAUUGAAGGAACUCAAUUUGCACGACUGUCGACUCCUAACUAAGCCGGCCGUCGCUGCCAUCCUCCAGCAUUCUCCCCUCCUCGAGUCGCUCUCUUUGCGGUCUGUCCCAUAUGUUGACGCUGAUGCCUUGAAACAGCUCUUUGAAACGAUUCCAAGGAGCAGCGCUACUGCUACUACUGCUUUCGCCUCGCAUCAAGCCGCAGGCUCACAUGCGCCAGGAACAACAGCAACAACAUCUUCAGGGGUCAAUGGAUCAGGAGGUGCUGCAUCAACAUUAACGGCGAGCAAGGAGACAACGGGUCUAAGACUGAAGAGCAUUCGACUGGCGUACUUGCGACAGUUGAACGACACCGUUAUGGAGACGAUUGCGCGCUAUCAGGGGGCUUGUCUUGAGAAGCUGUCGGUUCAAUGGUGCCCUCACGUCACGGAUGUCGGGAUCCUACCCAUCUUUAUGUACUGCCAGCGACUUCAGGAUCUGUCGCUCUACCUCUCCAAGCCUACGCUCAACAUCUUUAAGGAUCUGACGGAUGAGCCCUUCAACGGGGUUAAUGCUACUGGUGCUGCGACUGGUACUGCUACGGUGCCGGCGACGACGACACCUGCAACAGCAACAGCAGCAGCAGUCAAAAGGAGACUGUGGGCCUGUGCCAGCACCUUGGAGCGACUCGAGGUUGGUGGACAGAUGUUUGUGGAUCGGAUCCGGUCAAGCAGCGAGCACCUCCAACCGCAACUCUACCACCACCUAUCACCUAACCCACACCACAUGCGGAGCCCAUCCGGGAACCAGGACUUGACUCUUGGCGGCCAUGGAGGAACCGGAGGCACCAACACCACCAACAAUGGAGGACCCGCUAACGCCACCAACAUCACUGCAGGAAUCAACAACAGCAAUGUGAUCCACGACCCAUAUUCGAUCGCCCACUACCAGGGUUACCCAAUGUACCACCUCUGGCGGUACCACCGCCUCAGCGACCCCUUCCGCGAACUGCAAGCACAGCUCGAGACACUCCCGCGACUCAAACAUCUGGGAGUCCAGGCAAAAGGAAUUGAACACUUAUUGAGGAGAGGGUUUGGACCCAAUGUUCAUAUCCAGUCGUUGGCGUUGUUGAACCAACAGGGGCGGGUGUGGAGUCCUGAAGAGAUCCGGGAAAUGUUUGAGCAUAUGCCUCAUCUGCGGACGCUUGUCUGUGAGAAGAGUACUAUCAUGGCAGGAGGUAGUCAGGGUGGCGGUAUUGGUGGCGGUGUUGUAAGUGGUGGUGGUUGUGGCGGGCAGUGGAAGGGCGUGGACUUGUUGAAGCGACAAAUGCGGAUGCGUAGGAUUUUGGAAGACCACCACGUUGAGUUGGUGCAAUCGACCUUGUCACCAAUGACCAUUUAA